AGAUGGCAUUUAAAUUGUACUUACUGGAAGUUCUUAUCGCAUCAGAUUGUUUUCUUCCUGUUUUUGUUUGACCCAGCAGAGGACGCCAAAGCUAAAGAAGGGAUAGCCUUCAUUAUAUCAUUUGAUCUUCACGUUCACAAAUUGGCUUGAAAGCAUGGGGAUCGUGUUUCCAAAAGAUUGGUGACACGAAAUAUCGUGUUUACUCCUGCCAGUAGAAAUAGUCUUUUCAAAAGUGACCUCCAAACUUGAUUCUGUUGGAAAGGCCUAACAUAUUCCGUUGGAUCCUGUUUGGUCACCGUGGAGAAAAUACAUGUGGUCUGGUCGAAUGGUCGGAAAAAAUCAGUGUCGGGAAAACUCACGCGGGAAAAGUAGUGGCAUGACUUCGAGGGCAAGCCGAGAGUUGGUUCGGAGCUGCUUGGUGGACCGACUUCUCACCGACGAGUUGAUCAAGAUCGACCAUUCUGAAAAGAAAUCUUGAAGCGGGAAGUGCAUGAACGAGGAGGAAAUCAUCGUUUCUCCAACUAUUACCCAGGAAUUAUAGUGUGAUUGAGACUGAAUUAGUGUGAACUGGUGCUUCAAUAUGAACAGUUGAAUGCUCGUGAGAAAAGGUUCUCAAUCGCUACUUCCUCUUGUCCGCCGCCGUGGAGCAAAGAAUUGCAUAGGCCUGCCCUUUCAACGGAAUUGGAAAAUAAUUGCCCAUUCCGAUGGAGAAAAUGCCAACAAGUACUGGAAGCAGUGCUUCAAGUCCACUCAAUACGAACCCAAGCACUCCAGACAAUCACCAUCAUCAACUGCAACAACAACAACGCCAAUCACUCAUCAUCCAUCCCAUAGAGACUGAGCCGCUCUCUGAUGACGAUUGGAGAGGCAAAUACUUGGACAUGAAGCAUUGCUAUAGAGAUGUCAAGCAGAAGAACAAAAUUCAAGCCAAACGUGCCAGACAACUUCUUGUGGCAGUCACGGCUAAACUUCAAGAAAAGGAAGACGAAAUUGAAAAGAUCCGGAAUCUCCAUCAUGUGGAGCUGACGAGGAUCUGUCAAAGUCUUCUUCAUUUACAAGCCUGUAUGACCCGAGAACAAGAACGAUUGGAGGGGAUCCUUUUGGAACGGGAUCUGACCAUCCAAUCUCAAAAAUUGGAAAUGGAUCGCUUGAAGGAGCAAAACCAGAGCCUUCUUCAAGGUCAAAAGACUCCGAGCAACCGUCAGCAUGGUAGCUUUAGGCAGUACAAAAAGGAGAAGAAGAGUCACCAUCGAUCCAAUGUCACAGACGACCUUGGUUCCAUGGGAAGCAGUGAGGAAUCCCCAUCCUCGACUCCAAAGAACUCUCGUCCUCCCUUGAGGCUCUCACUAAGUACAGGCUCAGUUGAGAACCUCACCUACGGCCUCAACAGCCUUUCAAUACCUCCUAAGAAAGGGAUCCUCAAGAGUGCCUCCAGUUAUGGCAGCCUCGACUUGAGUUCCAAUCCUGGAUCGAUCCUGCACAACCUUCAAAAGAUGAUCCAAAAUCAUCCUCUCGUCACGGAAAAACUGGCCAAGAUUGAACACGAAAAAUCCGAUUCUGGGCGAGAGAGCGAAGAAUUUGAGCAUUCCAUGGAGCACCAGCCUUUGUCCUUGCCUCCAAUGAGUAACAUUGUGAAGAGUCGAUCCGAUAGUGCCAAUAGCUCGUUUGAUAGCACAAAUGAUAGCCUUCCCGAUGGCAUAGUGCAAGAAAUGAAGAACAAAGGCUGGCGAAUGUCCUUGAGAGUUCCAGACAGGAAGAAAGAGAAGCCACCGAAGCCACCUCCAAGAAGUAGUACUACCAAAUUGACCACAACCAAUGGACCUGCUAGCAUCGUGAAUGUCGAGAACGGUAAACUGAUUGAGCCCCACAAAACCAUAGUCAAUAUCAAGCCCGACGAAGCCAAAUUAGAGAAACGAGUCACUUUUAGUCAAGAAACCGUGGAACAUGUCCAAGCCGAGGUCAUGAUCUUUGACCCAGCUGAGAAGAAUGCUAUCAAAUUGUUGGAUGAGACCAUUAAGAAUUACAAACCGAGCUUCGAGUCCACAACCAGGUUCGGAUCGGAAACGAAGAGCAUCAAGAAAGACGUGUCCUAUUUUGAGCCAUAUCUUUAAAUGUGAACAUGUACCGUACACCUAUAACAAACAAAGAGUCAUUUGUCGGAAGGAUCUUUCACGUAUAAGUUGUCAAUUUCGUCCUUAGG